AUGGCGUCGGCCGUGCCACGUGAUCAAGUUGACAAUACGGUGGACGCCGCGCACUUUGAAGUUGCGUUUUCAACAAAUGGGCCGGCCCACAGUCCUACUGCUCUUCCCCAACUCCUAAAAAAAGCUCGCCAUUUCUUCACGAAAAAAGUCCCCUUUUCUGAGAGCUCCCACCCCACGCCAUGUCCACCCUACCAUUUGCCGCCGCCGGCGAGACCCCCACCGCCCGCUCAAACCACCAUCAGCGCUCUCUGCGACGACCUGCUCCGCAAGAUCUUAGCCCGCGUCCCCGACCUCCCGAACCUCGCCCGCGCCGCCUUCUCCUGCUGCGCCUUCCUCCGUGACGUCCGCUCGGACCCCGCCUUCCGCCGCCGCUUCCGCUCGCUCUGCCCGCCGCCCCUCCUCGCGUUCUUCCUUGAAAUUUACAUGGAUCUGGUCCUGGUCUACCCCUCCCCCUGGCGCCCCUCCGACACGGGCCUCGCCGACGCCUUCCGCGGCGCCGAUUUCUUCAAGACCCGCCGCAUGCACGGCCUCAAGCACGUCGACGACUCCGGGUGGGAGUUCGACUACAUGUUGGGCGACGAGAUUCAAAUCGCCCACCGGAAGCAGCGAGCCAGCUACAGCCCGCUGAGGCAGGCCCUGUCCCUUUACCCCGACAGGCAAGUUUUGAAGGACAACAGCUUCCUUGAGUUCCACACGCUCUCCUACCAGGAGGACCAGGGGCUGCAGCAUGUGGUCUGCAUCCGCCAUGACCGCUAUUGGGCGCGGGCAAGUGUCGCUCUCUUCUCAUCCAACACCAUGGAGUGGCAAAUUUUCCCUUGGGUGGAAACAAAGGCCCUGGGCCUGGUGCCCAAGAAUGCCAGAAGCUCUAUAAACCCUGGUAAGGUGGUUGAUGGAUUCAUAUACUGGAUAUUUCCGAAGGGAGCCGGUAUGCUCGUGCUCAAUGCGACGACAUCUCAGUUCCACCGAAUGGAUAUGCCGCGGCCCUUGAGUACGGUGCUCUUUACUACAUUCAAGCUUGGCGAGACCAAGGACGGGAAGCUCUGUAUCGUGCACCUAAAUUUUGAGGGCAUCAAUGAUGGGAUGCUUUUUGUUUGGUUGUGGGGAAAAGAUAGCGAUGGUGUGGAGAGAUGGAUGUUUGACAAGUCGUUUCCAUUGUGCGCAAUUGUUGAGUUCAUUAAUUGUUCAAUGGUAAUUCAUUCCAAAGUAGGAAUUUUGUCAGUUAUUGAUGGCUUUGUGUACCUGUCAGUUGCUGAAUGUCGGAACCGUAGUAAUUCUUCAGAGUGGUUCCUAUCAUUUUGCCUGGAGACUUCAGAACUGCAUCAGCUCUUUGAGGGCCCAUAUCAGAGUCAUCAUGAUGCCCAUCCCUAUGUCAUGCCGUGGCCUCCUUCUUUGGUAUACAACAAGGAUGGUUCAGAAGCUAAAGUUACUAAAAACUGUGCUGCAGAGGAUAGUCCUGUGGGCAAAGAAAAACCUCGUCCUAUCCUUAUCACAGCAUUGCAAUCUUUCAAAGAAGCUUUGAUUGAUGAUGAUGAAGCAAAUACUACCGAGGCAGCAGCCUUUUUCACAAUUGAGGAUGAGAAGAUGUCUCUCAUGAGAAAAAUGGCUACUUUGGAUGUACGAUUGACAAAUGCAAGAGAUCAUGUCCUGAGGUUAAGUGCUGACUCUGCAAAAUUGAAUAUACCAUGUCUUGAUGAUGAUUGCCAUUUCUGCUUUCUUUCACAAAUUCACAGUUAGAUGGACGAUGAAGUUAGAGUCAGUUGAACUUACAUUUCUGAGAGGAUGCUUAAUAUUCGAAGGCUCGAGUGAGGUUCUGAAUCCUAUAAAAUGGAGCAACUUAACCUACCAUGGAUAGUGAUUUUUUAGGGAUGCUGGUGCUUAUGAAUCCACAGCAGGGUUUGUUGAUCUACAGCGUGGGAUUGGAUUUGUGGUGGUGAUAACUGACAAGUAAAGAGCAGCUGCAUGGUUGUUGCCAGCUCUUUGAGGGUGAGUUAACUUGCCUGUGCAUUGUUAGUGUACCCCUUAUCUAGGUAGAUGUCAAGGCCUCAUGGUUAUGUGAACAACAUUGCUAGUUUUAUGUUGAAUGAUUGCUUUGUCUUUUGUGCAACUACAUUUGAACCAGGAGAUUGUAUCGCUAUGUUAUCCUUUUCAAGUUUCACCUAUAAUAAUUUGCAGCCUUUAUGGGUGUCAAUAUUUCCAAC